AAUAGAAGCGAAUCAGUAUGGCAGUAAACGACAACUCGAUGAAGUAUAUAGAACCGCCCCAAAACAACAAUCACCACAACAGGAACUACCAUUGCCAGAUAAGUCAAGAACAUGCUUCGUACGAGUGGCAUCAUUCGGCACACAAACUACUGAAGAAUGGAAAUUUAAAAGAGGUGCAACAAUAGUGUCUAAAGCUACCCAGACGCCACUUUUCACCAUCGACAAAAAAACUAAUGCAAAAACCGAAUACGAAGAACGCUUGAAGUUUCAAGCAUGGAAAGAUGCAAAAUUUUUUGUGACAAAUCAACUUCUAGCGGAGUGUCUUCACAAUCCCAAUUGCACGAAAGUAUGGCGUUCAACGAGUAGUUAUUCUUCAACUAAAUCUUAA